AUGUUUCUUUCCUUUUACCAUAAGAUUUUGAGUUCAAUUAAUAAUGGACUUUUAAUUCCUCUCUUUUUGUUUUUAUUAAUUUUGGAAAUAUUUAAGGGUAUUGGAGGAAUUAAACCUAUGGAAGGUUCAAAACCUCCUAUGUUGGAGAAAAGGGCAAGGCCACAGAAAGAUCAAGCUUUGAACCCAAGGUGCAAUUCAACAAACACUAAAUUCUGCUAUUACAAUAACUAUAGCCUCUCCCAACCAAGGUACUUUUGCAAGACUUGUAGAAGGUAUUGGACUGAGGGAGGUUCUCUGAGAAAUGUUCCAGUGGGAGGAAGCCCAAGAAAGAACAAGAGACCAACAUCUGCAUCUUCAUCACCAGCUCCAUCAUCAACUAAGAAGUUUCCUGAUCUGACAACACAGCCCAAUUUCCCUCAGUCUUCUUCUCGAAACCCAAAGAUCCAUCAAGGCCAAGAUCUUAACUUGGCAUAUCCUCCAGUUGAGGAAUCUAGAUUCAUUGAUGUUCCAUACAACACUGAAGACAACAACAAGAAGGCUGAAACCCCUCCUCAACCCAACCUUCAAAAUCCCACUUCUUCUUACUUUUCAGCAAUGGAGCUUCUCAAAACUGGGAUUGGUUCAUCAAAGGGCUUAACCUCUUUCAUGCCCACGUCGGUUUCAGAUUCCAGCACAAUGUAUAGCUCAACCGGGUUUCCUUUGCUAGACUUCAAACCUGGGCUUAACUUCAGCGUAGCGGGGUUUGACAAUGGUUAUGAUGAUAGUUUCCAAGGGAUUCAAGAUGGUGAAGGGGCAAGGAUCUUGUUUCCUGUUGAAGAUUUGAAGUCACAGACGGUGACAAAGAGUGCUGAGUUAGGGCCAAAAAGAAGUCAAGGGGAUUUAACUGGGUACUGGAAUGGCAUGCUUAGUGGAGGAUCAUGGUAG